CUAACUGUUCAUUUCUACAGGUAACUUGUUGGUAGGAUACUUCUUGUUAAAUUUACCAAAGUAUGAUGUAUUAAAAGCCUUGUGAACGGUUCUGAUAUUUUAUUUGGUUACCAAUAAAGUUAAUUAUACAAAUAUGCCUCUUGAAGCAUGCUAUUGUUUCAGACACUAUAAAAAAAAUUUGCUUCAGACACGAUCCUUUUGUGCUUGUCAGAAGGCUAUUCUUCUAUAGCUUUCCAUGUAAACACAAGGUCACUCCUUGGGUUUUUUUACAGGUGAUGAAUUUGACAGACAAUAUCCAACUUAUACUGGAUGCUUUGAGAACUUCUGCUCUUGUGGAAGUCCAGGGUGAUAAAGUAAGAAGGCGGAAUGAUUGGAUUAGAUGGCUAUUGCCAUCUGCUCAAUUUACUACUGCAACAAGUCCUCAGUCCCUUGGAAGGUUUAAUCGUGAUACUCUAGCUUCCCAUCUCCAAAGCUUUACACUGGAUGAUAAGAAUGCCAUCCACGGUCUCCCCGAAGUAUUCCUUAGUAGAUCAUCGUCAGGGGAAUUGAGUAGCCAAUCACAACAAUCUGGCGGUGAGAGUACAAGCCAAGUCAUAGUUCAAGCUGGAUUUGAACACACAACAUCUGCAGGAUUUUCAAGUAAAUGAAAAUUGUUCUCUGGAAGCUUUCACUGCCAGUGUUCAUACGAGGGAUUGAGGAACGUUGAAGUUCAAUGAUGGUUGUGAAACUACAUUUCUAUGGAGGUAAUGGUCUUGGCUGCAUGAUGGACAGUGAUGUGUGAAAAGCCAACUAGGCAAAACUGAAAAGCCGGAAGAACAAUGAGAGAAAAAACUUAAAAUGAAUAAAAGAGAACAUAAAGGAAAGAAAGUUUUAUGACUUUUUGAGGUAGUAGCAUGAAAUUGUUGGGAUAUAUAUGUUCUGUUGAGGAAUUUUUUUUUUUUUUUUUUU